AUGAUCAGGAAGCGGCCGCACCAACAGGGCGGCGGUGGCGGCCUGGCCGUCACCGCCACUCCAGCCGCGCUCCAGGCACCCGCACACCCGCUACCCCCGCGGGGUCCCCGAGGCCACCCCUCUGCGCCCCCCGCCUGGCACCCCGCCGCGCGCAAAGUCCCGUCCCGGCUGCAGGAGCAGUCCCUUCCCCGCCCGCAGCCGCACACCCGGCGAGGCCGGCCGUCCGAGGGGAGACCCCCGCCCCAGGGCGCCGAGGCCGGGCGACCACCCGCGGGGAAGUCCAGCCCUCCCCGAGACCCCCUCUCUCUCACCGCCUUCUCCGGGGAGGAGGAAUGGGAAGAGGGCGGCCGGGAAAGGGACCACCCCCCCACCCCGGCCGCCGCCGCCUCCCCCCAGCGCCACCCGGAGGGAGGAGGACAUGGCUCUCCGCACUCGCGACCGGACCAGCAGCCGGGGGAGCGGGGCGCCGCCGCCGCUCUCCCCGCCCGCGCCCCCCGCCCGGGCGCGCCCCCUAGCCCGGCGGGCGCCCACCCAGCCCUUGACAGCCCCCCCGCCGGCCGCCCCUGCGCCCAGAGUGGGGGUGUCGGCCCGGGAACCUGGAGCCGGGGACGGUUGUAUGUACACACAUACAUACACACACACACGCACACACACAGAACACGACGCGUCGAUUUCCUUCGCUCCUCUUCCAGCUGUUUUCCGUGCAGCCGACUGGGGUUUUGGGUCCGGAAAUCGGCUUUGGUAUGGAACUACUCCGCUCUAGCCUGGAAAGGAGACCCGCGCACUCCUCUCGCAGCUAAUUUCGGAUCAUUAAUUUAAUCGGAAAUGAGGUAACCAGUGUAGGAGACAGAGAAAGCAACCGGAGCAUCAAAUGACAGUUCUCGAGAAUCGACGAGGAACUUAAAUCUGGACUCAGGGUUUCAGUGCGGUCCCCGACUCCCACCACCCCGCCCCUCCGCCUGUCCCGCCGCCGCCAGGUGUGACCUCCACGCGAAGGAAUCUUCUUCGGAUGGGUGCACCUUGCCAACAGGUGUGGCACCUGGAGGACUUAGGAGGCGCCUCCAGACUAAGGGCGCUCAGUGCGGCGUUCUUGUUGCAGAUGAUUCUGGAAGGCCGGUAGGUGUCGGGAGACAUUUGACCUUCUUCAGGUGCUUAGAACUAAGUGUCUGGAAACAUGAUCCCUUCGCGUAAGUUUCUUUCUGAAAGCCACCAGUCUUGACUGUGAGCUGUAUUUGAGAGAUCUUUUGGCUGAGUUUACUUAUGACCUAACGAUUAGUCACCAACUGAGGCAGGGCACAGGAUGAUCAAAAAAAAAGUGUCAGUUUUUACACAACUCUGGCCUGCAAGAGCCUACGUGCUUCAUAAAUAAAAAUAAACAUACGAGCGAGGAAGGUGCAGAGCCCCGGAAAUAUUUUUUUCUCACGUUUUUGAAAUACCGUGCACAUAUACAUGGCUAUUUAAGUAUAACUACUACUGUUCACUCUUACUCAUUUCUACAACUUUUUUUUUCCAUUUAAAAAUCGAUUAUUGUUACGGUUUAAACCUCGGGUUGGUCUAAAGUGACAUUGUUGGUCUCAUUACAGCCUCUAGUGGACAGUUAACAUCAGUUUCCUGAAAAGGCUCUGACUGGUUUUGUUUUCGCUGACAAGCUUUAUCAAGGUGAAGGUUAGUACGUAAGAGUAUAACCGGGUAAAAUGUCCCCUCACCCCUAUCCUCACCCCCGCCCCCAACACCCUACUUGGCAAAGACGACUUCAGAAAGGAGCAGAAGCUUGUUGGCUUUGUAUAGAAAAGACGUAUGCUUUGUGCUGCAGGUAUUAUUAUUACUGGACUGUGAAUAAACAGAAAGCUUCUGCUAUUCAUUUCAGUUUCAGACAGCUUUCAUAAAAACUAAAUUCAUCUCAAAUAUUUUUAUAACAGAAAAUAUUGGUUGCCAUGUUUUUGGCUUAACUGUGAUGUUUUUAUUCCAACUCAUAAUCUGCAAACUGUCCAAUCCACCUCCACUCUAUUUUUAGACAUCUUACAUUUAGAUAAUUUUCAGUUAAAAAAAAAGCUAAUAUUGUAAUUAUUACGUUGGCACAAGCAGUUAAUUUACGUGAUUUUAACAACCUUAAAUUAAAACACGUAAUUCAGAUUAGAGUUAGUCAAUUAAUUUAAAUGUUCUCUCAAGGAAGCUAAAUAUGUAUAUUACCCAAAUGGUAAAAACAAUUAAUAAGAAAUGUGUCAUUUACUUUCUUAGCCAUUAAGUUUAAAGCCACAAACUGCCACCAAAAUCUGUAACUAUUUCUUCCUGCAAGAUCCAACAUAAACACCAUACUCAUGAAACCGUCUCAUUACCUUUAGUACUGAAAUAUUUUGUUUUCAGAUGGCAAAAUAUUAAAUGUACAAUCACAAAUAACAGGCACUGACUCUUUAGAAACAAGACUUUCACGUGCAAAUAAAAACUCAAUGAAAAAGGGCAGAGCUUCCAAGAAGCUAGUAGGCAAAUAUAUAGUACUAUAGUCCUACUCAUAAGGCUGGUGUUAUGUUUGUAAAAGCAUAAGUCAACCUUUGAAAUUACAGGAAAUCGAUAAAUAAGGCCUGAUGAGCUUGACUCAUAUCCUGUGUCAUAGAUUGUUUAAAUACCAUGAAAAAUAAUUGUAAUCAAAUAUCUAUUUUACUGUUUUGGUGGUAUCUACUCUUGAAGGUGUUAAAUGGGCCAGCAAGUAUAUAUUAUAUAAUUACAUAUUACACCCUUACUUCUUAAAGUGUAGUUUUCAAAGUAGCCACAGCAGCACUUGGGAGCUUUUUAGACAUUCAGAGUCAAGGGUUCUACCCCAGACAUACCAAAUCAGAAUCUGCCUUUGAACCAGGCCCCUGGGUGAUUCCUAAACACAUUAUCAUGUGAAGAACACUGGUCUAUACCACAGGGAUCAACCUAAAUAAAUUUGGGCACAGGUGCAGAAGUUAAUUCCUCUAUUUAUUUCUUUUUUGCUCCUUUUUAGUAAGUACAGCCCUUAUUAAUUUGUGCUUUUCAAUGAAAAAUUAUUAUGUUAUAUGCUUUGGAUAAAUACUACUGCAUUGUAAGUGCACACAUCUGCAUCAUUAUUGCCAAAAGAGAAUGCUCUGCUGAGGAAUGUACUGGGGUCUUGAACAUGAACAUUUUCUUCAUGGCAGCAGAGGGAGCACAAGAGUGCUUAAUAAAACCAGUGCACAGGUCUCUCCAAAUCAUGACAGAUUUUAAAUUGUAGUAUAUGUUUUCAUUGGAAGUAGCCUGUUAUGUGGUUCAAAAUGAAGCAAAUCAACUGAGCAAACACAGAUAGGCUUACCAGGUCAUAACUAUGUAAUUGUAAAAGCCAAGUACCAAAAAAGUUAUGGAACCACGUCGUGCUUUCAUAACAUUGAGUCAUUUAAUUGUUUCAGUAAUGCUUUGAGGUAUUCAUAAAUGAGGGAAAUUUACAGACUAAAGAUCCAGAGCAUUUUUAUAGUUUUAAAGGUUUUUCAAAGUUAUUCUUAGAUAAUAUGUUUAUAUAUUUAUUAUUUAUUUACAAGCAGUCAUUUAUUCUGCAUCUACAAUAACUAAGACCUGAGAAUAUAAAACUGAGUAAGACAUCUUAGUGUGCAAGGAGAUCAGAGCAGAACAGAUCUUACCUUUGGAAAACUGUUAAUUUUUACCAUGAUGAAACAAAAAGAUUCAUAGUUGAUGCAAUCCAGCACCUGCCAGAAUCAUAGCAAUCAGACUUCCAAAUAUGAGAAUCAAACAUUAGAAUCAUUAAAAAUUUGAGAGGCGGGGGGGACAAUUGUACAACUCUUGAGCAAAAGUUGACUUAUAAGCUAAUAUUAAUAUUUCAAAUUUGUACAACAAACAAACGUGAAGAUAUAAUGUGUAUUUUAUUUGAAUGUCUUCCCUAUCACAAAAUCACAUGAGUAAGUUGAGUUGGUAAACAUUUAUUUAUUUUUAUCUUUUCUAAAAUGCUAAAAAGAAUUUUUCUCCCACACUAAAGAGGGUUUGCCAAGUUUCUGCCUGGAGCAAUUUGUUAUGGCUGUGUAAUAAAUCCCAGAAAGUUUGAAUUUUUAAUGGAAACACUGACAGAAUAAAGAGGGUGUAAUCCUACAUAUGUCAUUUAAAAAUCUGAGCAAACCAUAGUGUGCUUGCAAAACAAAUAUACUUUCCUUAGAUUGCACUCACAAAUAAGGCUGGGGAGACCAGAAAAGUAAAACAAACUCAAAACAAAAGUGAAAAACACUCACACAAUAGACUCUGAGGUCAGCUCACCACACCCAGACUAAAGUCACUGGGCUCUGUGCGUGGCACCAAGACUCUUAAAAGACAUACUUCUGAAUCAUCUUUCUUGACCCUCCACCAAACUGUAGCAAGACAGGCUUCCUGGGAAUGAAAAUGACAUUAGCAUUAGUCAAGAGUGAAAUUAAAGUCAUUGUACUGAAACAUCUGCCAACAGUCUAUGAUUUCAUAGUACCCACCUCUGAAAUAAGACUCUGUCUACAAUUAAAAACAAAGAAAAAAAGGUACUUUAGGUCUUCACUAUCCACUAUGUCUAUUGAGCACUUGAAAUGUGUAAUUAGUCCAAAUUAACAUGUGCUGUAAGUGUGAAAUAUUCCUCAGAUUUUAAAAACUUGGUAUAAAAAAUACAUAUUUUACAUAUAAUAUAUAUUAUUCAUUAUUCUUAUAUUAAUUUUAUGUAUUAUAUAUACACACAUGCAACAUCUCCAUUUUUAC